UUCUUAUUCCUUAUUAUUUAUUACUUUAUACUUUAUUACUGUUAAUAUUGUUCGCCUAGCUGACAGGUUACCAAUUAUCAUCUUCAAAGCAAUAGUAUGCCUCAUAGUAAUGAAAUGCUAAGGAAAUAGUGUACUAUAUAUAGUACAGAAAGCAAGCCGUGGAACGCGAAAUUCAUUAUGACAUUAAGAAGGUGAACUUAGUUCUCAGCCAGCUUUCCGAAACACAAAACAUAACUGAGUGCCAUGAAUACAUAUGAAAAGGCGAUCAUCCAUGUCAAUACAUAUUGUUCCUUUUGAGUAAUGUGAACCCAAGGUUAGUCAGGAGUAGUGAUAAAUUUCUUGCGCUAUUGAUAAAGUUCCCAUAAAAUAUGAGUAGACCAACUACUAUCGCUCUCCCGUUUAAACAAUUCUAAGAGAAGUACCAGUCCUUUAUUAUUUACGUGAACAAAGAAUGCAGGGAAAUCUAUGCUGAUUUCAUAUGUUUCUUAUCAGAAAACAUUAUGAAUUUGGGGGAAUCUCCGAACCGCAUAUCUAUCCGCGAAUUCGCCAACUUAUUACACGUUUCGUCUCUUAAAAAAGUCUAGCGUUUCAGCACAUACCUAAUAUCCGAAUUAGCGACGAAGAGCUAGUGCCUGAAGGUUUCUACGUGAAGAUUACCAACCGAUUUUUAAGGCAAUUACAGAACAAAUUCAUAUUUUAUAUAGAGAUCAACAACGAGAGAUUAACAACGGUAAAUCGCGUGAAGAGCAUAACUAAUACAAAUGGACGUAGGCUUAUAAAUUGAGUCGCCAGUUUUACAUACAUGUAUGUAGGUCAUCGGAUACUGAUUGAGUAUAUUUUGGUGUCGCGUAUUUCGCUUGAACAGUGCAUCAACACGAUACAAUGAAGGGUGCAGUUUGAUAUUUUCAUCCAUUUGAAGCAGGAUUUAAAAUUCAGCGAGGAACAUAGAAAGAAUUCUCCAGAAGAGAAAACACGGAUAUAAACACUCGAUAAUCAAAUCCGCAUCAUACUGUAGGGUUUAGAUUAUAAAAUAAAGAUGUCUUGUGAUACAGAUACGCCCAUUUUGAUUGCAGCAAAAAAUGGCAAUCUCCAAUUAGUCAAAGAUCUCAUCGAUCAAGGAGCACAAGCUAAUACGGCUGAUAAUGCGGGUCGCACACCUCUCUACGUGGCAUCAGACAGGGGAUAUCUUCAUGUAGUGAAAUAUCUCAUUGAUCAAGGAGCACAAGCUAAUACGGCUAAUAAUGCGGGGGCCACACCUCUUCACAGGGCAUCAUGGAAUGGUCAUCUUGAUGUCGUGAAAUAUCUCAUUGAUCAAGGAGUACAAACUAAUACGGCUGAUAAUAUUGGGUACACACCUCUCCACACGGCAUCAGACAGGGGCCAUCUUGAUGUCGUGAAAUAUCUCAUUGAUCAAGGAGCACAAAUUAAUACGGCUGAUAAUAUUGGGUACACACCUCUUCACAGGGCAUCAUUCGAGGGUCAUCUUGAUGUCGUGAAAUAUCUCAUUGAUCAAGGAGCACAAACUAAUGCGGCUGAUAAUGAUGGGUACACACCUCUCCACGCGGCAUCAGACAGGGGGCAUCUUGAUGUCGUGAAAUAUCUCAUUGAUCAAGGAGCAAAAGCUAAUACGGCUAAUAAUGCGGGGGGCACACCUCUUCACAGGGCAUCAUUGAAUGGUCAUCUUGAUGUCGUGAAAUAUCUCAUUGAUCAAGGAGCACAAACUAAUACGGCUGAUAAUGCGGGUGUCACACCUCUUUACAGGGCAUCAGUGAAUGGUCAUCUUGAUGUCAUAAAGUGUCUCAUUGGAUUAGGAGGAGCAGAGAUUGACAAGGCCAAUAAACGUGGCUUAACACCUCUCCACGCGGCAUUACUGAAUUGUCAUCACGAUAUAGUGAAAUAUCUCAUUGAUCAAGGAGCACAAGCUGACACGGCUGAUAAUGCGGAUGGCGAAACAGCUCUCCACCCAGCAUCUCGGGGCGGUCACAGCAACGUUGGUCGGUAUCUGAAGAGUGAACAAGCAAGAUUAGGGUCCGCAUUAAAAGGGGCUGGAGAUGUAUCAGAAGCUUCCUCGGCGAUAGCAUCAAUUAGUUUGGACAUCGACGCUGAUAAAAUCAUUCAUCAAGAAGAUUAUGAAAAGGUGACGGAUGAUCAUAUCAAGAAUCUGUCUGGUCUUCUCGGCAUCAAUCACUUCGAACCGAUUUGCGAAGUUAUUGGCUUCGAUCCCAAGCUAGGUCAAGAUAUCUUAGAAGAGAAUCAUUCUGAUUACUCGGCCUCCUAUCAGGUAAUACUCAACACAUGGAAAGACGGUAAGAGCACCAAGGAUAUUGACGAUCUUUUGGAAAUGGCGGGAAUCAAAUUGAUAUCGAGUUACAAAAAAUAA